AUGCCGAAAGGGAAUAAGCUCGAGAAACGGUUUCUUCGAGUGCGUGACGAAACAAUUGCACUUUCUGCACAACUUAUGUCAUUAUGUCUAAGGUCGAAAAUUACUUCGGGCAAUGCAUUGCAUGUUUUAGAAGAACUUCAAUCCAUCGCGUCUGAAAUUAUCACUCUUCAGAAAGAUUAUUCAUUUGUAUCUAAACUGAGAAAAUCUGUGGAAAGUAGGAAAAUAAGUAUCGAGCGUCUCACAUCUUCACUCGAAUGCUAUGUGCCUGGUGAGUACGCGGUUCACUGGUUUGGAGAAUAUGGUUUCGGACUACGUGCUCUAGUUCAAAUUGGGUGGGGUGAUGAACUUCUCAAUAUCCCUAGAAAAGAUAUAUUCUGUGUAGAUUGUUCAACUGAAGAUCUAAAGGAUUUCAUAAGAAAUGACUCAUUGGCAUCUAACAUGGAGAAUAUCGCGUUGUCCUUGUGUGUAUUAGGCGAGCUAUAUGAAGGAGAGAAUUCAAAAUGGUGGGACUACAUAAGCUCAUUGCCAUCUGAUUACCCUACAUUUGUGUAUAUGGAUGCUGCUGAUAUUCGUCAUUUAAAGGGCUCACCAGUUCUGGAGAAAGUUGCAUCCAACUACCUGUUUAUUUGCCGACAGUAUGCCUACUUCUGCUGUCAAUUCAGGGAGAACCAGAAGUUUUCGGGCAUUCCGAAUUUUGUAUUCUGUUUUGACGACUAUAGGUGGGCGGUAUCGACAGUAAUGAGUCGAAGCAAUUAUAUACCUCAUCGUAACGGUACUGAUAAAAUUAUGUGUCUGAUACCAGUUUGGGAUUUGAUGAAUCAUAAAUCUGAUUAUUGUUAGUGAUUUUUGUGGGUGAAUAACGUUUAAAUUUAACUUCAUUAUUUGAGGACAAAUCUGACUACAUUUCUGCCGUCUAGUUUAUCUAGAAUUGAUACUGAAUCAAUAUUUCAUAGAACACUAGUUCACCAAUUAAUUGACCAUUUUUAUGGUCCCUUCUCAAUAUUUAUUUGUCGAUUUUCGCAAAAUAUUUUUCUCAUACCGAUGGUAAUAAGUGUGUACGUUUAACAAUUCAUUUGCUGUUCGUUGAGAAUAAUAUAAAGUAUGUAUUGAUGGUAUAUAAUAAUUACACAAGUAUAUGAAAUCUUAAACCACUUAAUAGUGAUAGUAGGCCUUAUUUAUGUUACGUAUACUUGCUCCAAGUAAACACUGAAAUAUUUGUAUUAGCUAGUCAUGGGGUUCGAUAUAAAGGAGUUAGGGAUUAUAAAUAAACCAUUUACAUCAACAUAAUCUCCUAAGUAAUAUCUUCAAUCUUCAUGCAACAAAUAUUCGAAGUGUAUUUCAUAAAUUUGUGUUUAGUUAUCGAAUUGUGUUUAUUUUGCUUACAUUCUUCAUAGUGAAAUCCGGGUAUUACAUCUGUUUGCUUUGAGGUAGAGUACCAUUUAUAGCAUGUAUUUAAAUGAUAACCGGUAAUUUUGAUUUGUGUAGUUUUUGUCGGUAGGAUUUUCGUUAUGAUAAUCAACUAACACAAUAUGCAGCCGCGGUAUUUCUAAUUUGUCAUUUAGAUACUAACCGUCAAAGUCGUUGCUGGUUAAAUUUCUUAUGUUACUCUUCACUAUCAAGUCCACAUUAUCUUUAACUUUAUGCUUCGCAACCUUGAGGUAGUGAUCGUAGAUAGCCUACCUAAUCUCUUGAAGCUCAGCACUAAAUGAAAUGUUGGAGCAUUCAACGUUUGUGUCCUAUAUCGAAUCUAUGAGUAAAUUUCUCUUCUAUUCUGAGCCGUCGAUAUACUUUUUGUGAGAUACACAUUAAGAAUCCAAGUUUAGCCGUUCAUUUUAUGUCAGUUGACAUCGCACUUGGAAUGUCACUGGAUCCAAAAUUCGAAUUUCACAAUCUUCUGGAUAUAAGGAUAGUUUUGACUUCUUCGAUCAAAAGCAUUCAGCGUAACUGGAUACCAGUUGCUAGUUGCAUGUUCAGUAUUCCUUUAAAACAAUGUAAAAAUUAAAUGAGAAUCGUAAAACACACUGAUAAUUUCUCGUAGUCAGUGCCCUUAAACCCUCUAUGUGUAACCCAGAUGAUGUAAGAGAUAAUUUCUACGACCAUCUGUCGACUUUUUUGCCAAAAACAAAACAUCCAAAUAUGUCUGAAUUAGUGAGAAGGCCUAUUGGAUGACACUUAUUCCGUUCGAAGACAGUCAAUCAAAGCGCUUAUAGAUGCCUUUGUCUUCAUGAACAUGAAAAAACGAACAAACGAAAGAUCUUUCCGAACCCGGUUCAACAAUAACAAUAUUAUAGCUGCAUUCAAACAAAAAGUACCUAAACAGUUGAUAGAUAAUGAUUUUAUUGUCUGAAUUAUGUCACUAUCUAGCGUUUAGUUUAUAAGGGGCGACACACUGUGUUUCUGAUCCUCAGAAUACGGUUAGAAAAAAUGAAUUCAUUUUUGUGGUUUUUCAAGAUCUAAUGGAUUUACGAUAAAGAAUUCGCUCGGAGUAGAGUCACACUUUUGGUUUAAGAUACUUUAAACAUACACUGAGCAUUUCGGUCUAGUAACAUGAGCAGUUACGAAUAAGGAGAUUGUAAAGGUAAUGGCGGUAGUAGCAAUCUGUACGAAUGUGAAUUGUAGUAAUCUAUUUUAAACAUUUAGCGAAGGCUCCAAUUAAUGCCUGAGUAUGACGAAAUUGUCACACGAGUAACGUAGUAAUUAGGGGUUUAAUAAUGUAUGCUUUUCGGUUAUAGCGUGUAACUGAAAAUUUAAUGCGUUUUCAGAUGAUCUCAAACGUCAACUUGAUGAAACUUCUCAGCACUUUGUCCUUCUCUUUAUCUUUACGCGUUGGUAAUAUAACAUCUCAACAUCAUGUUGCAUUUAUUAACAGAACAGAAACUUAGAAUGUAGUCAUAUGCUCUUCGAUAACAUAAGGUGCUUUGCUUACCAAUGAAAUUAUAAGUUUGAUAAAGUCUUUCCUUGUAUCAGUAAUUGCUAAUGCAGACAACAUCAAGUAACUUAUACUGAAUUCUAUCGUCCCCUGAUU